GUGUGGCUAAAAAGGACCGUCGAAGCGUUCGUGAAAGCUCCUUGGAAAUGUGCGAGCGUAAUCUUCUCAGUCCUGGCUAUGUUGGUUCAUUGUUGAAUUUCCCCUCACCGGACUCUUUUUAUUUCCCCAAUUUACGGGGCAAUGGAGCUCAACUCUCCGGGCUUCCCCCUGUUUCGUUCGGAAGGAGAGAGGUGUGCUCGCUCCCGUGGACUUCCCCAAGUUCGUGCGCAUCUCCGCCACAGAGCCGCGCCUUCAGUGGUUACUCUCAGCCAUUUCUGACCAAUUCAGUGCCUCAAAGUACUAACCCCAACAACCACAACAAGGGACCACUUGAGGAAUCCAGUAAAUGCUACUAUCAGGAUGUAAACCUCAAACCAGAGGAGCCAGGUAGACCAGCGCCAUCUUUCGCCGGUUCAAGCAAAUAUGAAUUUUCAAACUUGGAUAGACAGUUGCAAAGCGUCCCACGUGCCGAACUGAAUUCAGGUAGCCGAGCGGUUACCGAAGGCAUCGAGCAGUCGGUGAACACAAAUGUCAUAAUGCAGCCAUCUUCAAGUAACCCCUGUACCAGAGCAUCCCCGUCAGACGGUGUACAGUGGUGCCCUUCACUCGUGAAGUCCAGGAAAAAACGAAAACCAUACUCAAAGCCGCAGCUCGCUGAACUCGAGAAUGAAUUUCUCAUGAACGAGUUCAUAAACCGACAGAAGAGAAAGGAGCUAUCCGACAGAUUAGACUUGAGUGAUCAACAAGUGAAGAUCUGGUUUCAGAACCGGCGGAUGAAGAAGAAAAGACUCAUGAUGCGCGAGCACGUGUUCUCAAUGUUCUGAGUGGUUCCAGUGAUUAUGACCUCCAUCGUGCAGGAGGUUUCAGAGUAGAUAAGAACGACCGUUUUAAAAGUCAGCACAGUUCAUCCCGGUCUCACCUUACAAAUGGGAGAUUUUGUCAUUACAAGCUUUUCAAAGGUUCUGGGGGGAUCUUUGUAUUUGAAUAAAUUGUAGGCUUACUGCAGAAGUGCUGCAAAGUCUGCACUGAAAACUAAAUGCGAAAAGGUAUAUAUGCGUCACCCAGAUGACUCAUUCAUUUCUUUAAAGCCUAAUUCAGGCUUUAUUUAUUAAGUACUGUGGAACACCAUGGUUUAAGCAAUGCAAGUGAACCUGUAAGAACAGGUACUUACCAAGUCGAGCGUGCAUUUUGUAUGUAAAUAUUGAAUAAUAAUAAUAAUAAUAAUAAUAAUAAUAAUAAUAACAAUAACAAUCAUCAUCAUCUCAUUUUAAAUAGUUUAAGAAAACUCAGAAUGUGAAUAGUGCUUUGGUGUUAUUCUCUGCAAGGCUUUUCCAAUAUAUUCAAUGCUACGUGGUUGUACAAGUGGUUAUAGUGUGAGUUGUUUUUCCCAGUCAGUUUUCAAUAUUAAUGAUAGUAUACUAUUUAAUAUAAUGAUUAAUUCUGAAAUUUCAAUGUAACUAUUCCAAAAAGCAUGCAAAACUUGUCUCUGAACAUUCUCAAACUAUAGCCUAAGUUUUUUUAAACCUGUAACUACAGUGGUGGAAUUGAGUUCCACACUGUCCCCGCAAACAUAACCGAGGAACAUCUCGACACCCCCACUUCACCUAAAAUGCCCUUGCCAUUUUGUCCCUGUAUUUUUGUGAAUGUCUUAUCAAUACAAAAAUAGAAGUACAGAAAAACUGCAGAUUUUCAGCAGACUUAGGAAUCUUUCAGUUGAAUAUUAUGAAAUGUUUUGUAAAAGUAUUCUACAUCUCUUGCGUAGUCGUUUUGAUAUUAUUUAAAAAGUCACAAUUGUAUGUCUGUAUGUUGUAAUUAACGUUCUGGUUUGUAUAUGUUGGACUUUGUGCUUUUUCAUGUCAGAUAUAUCUAGGAGUAAAUAUUAAGCUGUCCUCUGAAGAGACUCUGAAACCAAAGGUUAACUCUGGGCUGCUGAGUCCAAGCUCAAGUUCGUUUAAACGUUAGCAGAGAGGCGAGGCAGUGAUGGGUGAAACAUGGACGACGAAAAUCAUCGGUGCAUGCCAGGUGUACACAAUAUAUAUUGAAAUUAAUUUAUCUUUACUCUGUUUAGUUGUGGAGUUAUGAGUGUGGGUUAGUAAUUAUUUACCCCAAUAAGCGUCAUAUUAAUCACACAUUAGCCUACUUGGGGGUAUUUUGAAACUAUUUUUUUAAAACUAUUUAAAAAACCUUAAUGUGUACGCUUAAUAGUAAUUAGAGUUAUGCGAAUGUGAUAAAGAAAAUACAAAUAUGUUGUGAUGUGCCGAUUAAUU